CACAUAACAUUUCCUUUCGUCGCUGCUCCCGAAUCUAGAACCUGAACUUUUGAAGGCGAAUGUCCGCCAUGAACUUCCAACUAUUAACGCUCUUGGCGAUUGUUGCCCUUUUCUCUCAAGCCACAGGAUAUUGCGGUACCAGACUCCUGCGAACAAGCAUCACGCGCGCGGCCGUCAGAGCUGCCGAAUGGUUAAGGAAUGAACAAGACGAAAAUGGCACUUACGGAUUGGGUCACGUGAGUGCGUUUGCGUUCAACUCUCUGCGUCUUACUGGUCACUCUGUGGAGACUGGUGCUGAGCAUCUGAAUGCGGAGAUCAUUAAAGCUGACAUUGGUUCCCUGACCGGGGGUAGGGUAGCAUUGUAUAUUCUCGGCGCGUUGGCUACGUGCAAAGACCCCAGCAACUUUUAUGAUUUCAAUUUGAUAAAAAGUCUGAAAGACAAACUAACCAAGUUCCCUCAGUUGGGUUUUAAUCACCCUUUUCAGUACAGCCUAGCUGUUAUGGCUCUCUGUAGCAGCAACGCACCUCUAGAGAGGAAGACGCUUGGCCAUGUGAACGAAAUCCUGAAGAAAGUAGAAAAUGAAUCUCACACUGCCAGUUACCAUGCCGACACGCUUGCAAUGCAAAUAAUGGCGUUAACCUGUAUCAAGAAGUCCAUAAAAGGGCAGAAAAAGAAGGCACUUGAAAAGAAGAUCCAAAAAGCUGUUAAUUUGGGGUGUAGAAAGUUGGUUAAGGCUCAAAUCAAUGAUAGCACGUUUGGGGAAAACGAAGUCACGGCAGCUCUUGCCUCUCAAGCUCUUUUAGCAGCCGGAUGGAAGACAAAAAGGUGUUCGACGACUUUACGCUGGCUCGUGUCUCGUCAAAAACCCGAUGGAUCCUUCAUUAACUUGUUGAGCACACUUUAUGUCACACCAGCCUUGAUCGGAGCGCUGCCCCACGAUGUCAAAAACAUAGCGUGUCUCAGAACUACAGACGUAUCAGAUCAACAAGAACAACAGAAUAUAACCGUCUGCGUUGAGCUGAAGUUCGUCAACACCAACAAAUACACCAAAGGAAAAACAGCUCCAACCACUGAGUGCGUGACAGUAGCAAAUGGCACUAAUGCUUAUGACAUCCUGAAAGAAGCUGCCAAAAAAAAUUCUUGUUACGCAUUCACCACCCAAAAAACCUCCUACGGCAACUCGGUGACGUCUAUCUGUGGUGUCCAACGCAGACCAGUCGAUAAAUUUUACUGGAUGAUCUAUGUGGACGAAAAAUCGGCCACUACGGGUGUGGAUGAUCUAAGGCCUGGUGACGGAUCCACACUCAGUUUCCGGUAUAAACAACUGCACUGGCAGUAGACGAAUUACACAGUGCGAAUGCUCUAACAUGUUUCAAGUUUUUCCAAAAUUUAGAGCGCUUUCAUCCACAGAAGAUAAUAAACGGCUAGCUUUAUUUUUAAUCUGAUUUUUGUAAGGUGGAUGUUGGAGUUGUGAAACACCAAAUCUUUAAUUGCUACCUUAAAUUUUCUAUGACCGGUGGCUCUGAACCUAUGCUACGUAGCUACGGAUGGAGGAAGCUGAAAUAAAAGAUGUUUUAAAGAGCUUGUAGAAUGAGGGUCAAACGUUUGUCGAAUACGUUUAGGAAACUUUAAAAAUAAAGGCUUUUUAAAAUGUACCAUUUGCACAAGGAAAUAAACGCAUUGACAGUUUUUGAAAAACUUU